UUUUAUUUGCUUUUUGUUGGGUUGAUAAAACUAAAGUGUGAGUGAUUUGGAUGAAGGUUAUGAAAGCAAAUUGGGCUUUUAGUAAUAGAGAAUGCUCUGUUAUUGGGUUCCUUCGCACUUGUGUGAGUCUGAGUAGUGGUAGUAGUCAUCGUUGUUCUGUGUCUUUCCCUCCAAACCGUCGAAUUAGGUGCAUGGACGCCGCCGGCUUAGAUUCCGAUGGCCGUGAAUUCAAGAGCCCCGACGAGAUGUGGACCGAGCAAGCCGGUGACCCCAACAAGAAGACCCUUUGGUACCGUAACGGCGUCUCCUAUUGGGAGGGUGUUGAGGCAUCCAUGGAUGGGGUAUUGGGAGGGUUUGCAAAUGUGAACGAACCUGAUAUCAAAUGCAGUGAGGAGUUUUUGAAGAUUAUUUUGUCUGAACGUUUUCCAGCUGAUGCUAGACACCAACCACUUGUUGCUCUUGAUUGCGGUUCUGGCAUUGGCAGAAUUACAAAAAAUCUGUUAAUAAGACACUUCAAUGAGGUUGAUCUUCUUGAGCCAGUAUCACACUUCUUAGAGGCUGCACGUCAAACUUUGGGCCCCGAAAAUCAUAUGAAUUCAGAUACUCACAAAGCAGUUAAUUUUUAUUGUGUUCCUCUUCAGGAUUUUACACCAGAAUCUGGAAGAUAUGAUGUAAUAUGGAUUCAAUGGUGUAUUGGUCAUCUAACUGAUGAUGAUUUUGUUUCAUUUUUCAAGAGGGCAAAGGUUGGCCUCAAACCAGGUGGAUUGUUCAUCUUGAAGGAGAAUCUUGCUAGAAGUGGAUUUGUGCUGGAUAAUGAAGAUCGAAGCGUUACAAGAUCUGACUUGUACUUCAAGGAACUCUUUUCUCGAUGUGGAUUGCAUGUCUACAAAUCAAAGGAUCAGAGAGGAUUCCCGGAGGAAUUGUUCGCUGUGAAGAUGUAUGCAUUAACCACAGAUGUUCCAAAGAAGGUUAACCGCACCAGAUCUAAGUCACAAGCUAAUAGGCCCAGGAUCAUCAAGUGAUGACUAACUUGUUUGAUAUGAUAUGAUAUCCAUGUUAUACUAUUAUAAUACUCUUAUUAUUAUCUUAGAAUAGGUAUUAGUUUGUUUUUCUAUGCCUGUCAUCAUUUUAACAGUAAGUAAGCUUGUAUAAUUGUAAUGUGAAAUGCAAAUUUUUUGGCAUAUCUAGCAUCUGCUAGCCGAUAGGUCCCGAAGAUUUCUAGUGAGGUGAUUUCCUCUUUUAAGCUACCUAUAAGAUUGUAACAUUUUGCUCGGAACUCCGGUGUGAGUGAUAUCACUCGGUUAUCCUCAUAAGUCAAAAUGAUUAAAUGAGUACCAACGGAAGAAAAGGACUCUCGUGGGGCCCCUUUAAAA